AUGGACAGUAUCUUGAAAGGAGUCCACAACAACAAUGGACUCAAGGAGUGCAGAGUCGGGUCACGGGCUGGCCUACUUGUGGCGACCGUGGCAGGACACGACAGGCGGGUUGGCGUCCCGGCGUCCUUGGGCAGGAACCGGAAGCUGCAGCAGCAGCAACAGCAGCAGCAGCAGGGGAGGAGGAGCGAGGCUGCUAGGCAGCUACCUGGACUGGGGCCGGGGCUAGAGGCACCGGUCGAUACUCACGCAGCUGAGGGCUGCGGCCGCAGCAGCCGCAGACAACACCGUGGCUCGCCCGCCUCCGCGUGCUCUGCCCUGCUGCCGGUGGCUGCGCCCGCCCAUCUCAGGGCCAAAGGUCGCCUCAUGGCAAAUAUAGCGAACCAUGAGAGUGUGCCGCAAACAGGAGAUGAAGCUCAGACUUGUUCCCGUGUGCUCGCAGGACCUUCGGGAGGCGGCCGGCCCCGCGGAGACCACGCGGCGCGGCCCCCAAGCGCGGGUGCGGACUCCUGCCUCAGCUGCGUCAAGGUGGCGCUCCUGGGUGCGUCCGCCGUCGGGAAGACCUCCAUCGUCAGGCAGUUCGUGUGGAACGAGUUCAGCGACGACUACUCGGCGACGGACCGCCGCUACGCCUACUACCCCACCGUGGUGAUCAACGAGCGCCUGUACGAGCUAAAGGUCUCCGACAUACCCGUCAUCCCCUACUUCCCCAUCAACUCCUUCUACGAGUGGGCCGACUUCCGCUUCUACGGACUCAGGAGCGCCAACGCUUACGUGCUGGUGUUCGACCUGUGCAACACGGACUCGUUCCAGUACAUCCGCAGCCUGCGCGACCAGAUGUGGGAGAGCCGCGACAUGCGCCACGUGCCCGUCGUCGUCGUGGGCAACAAGCUGGACGCGCUGCAGAUGCACGCCGCCGCCGCCGCCCGGCGCCGCGACAUCGUGACGCUGGUGCGCAAGCACUGGAAGUGCGCCUACGUCGAGUGCAGCGCCAAGUACAACUGGCGCGUCGUCGCCGUCUUCAAGGAGGUGACGCGCGCCGUCGACGCCGCCCUGCACUCCGCCAAGGACGCCACCUCGCCCAUGAUGGACAACUUCCACGGCGCGCUCGACCGCAACAAGUGCAGCAUCCUGUGA